AUGAACUCUACCUAUUCAAUCGAAGCCGAUGAUUUGUUGAUGAAAAUUCCGGAUUUUUUAUAUGUCAUCUUUAUGUUCUUAUUCGCAAUUUUGAUGUUAUGUUAUGUACUUUUAUUUCCUAUUUUUGAGUAUACACGCAAAACUAAUGAAGAGCAAAACAAAAAAAAUGAAUAUUUUGGCGGGAACUCAAAUUUCAUCAGAAAUAUUUUGGCGAGAAUUCAAAUAUAUUCAGACAAUUAUGGCGGGGAUUGUAGUUCAAAAUGAUUAUCAUUUUUUUUCAACUUGCAGAACUGAAAACAUCCUUAAAAAUUCAAAAAAAGACAAACUCUACCCAAUUAUCAAGAAUUUUUUCUGGAUGGCAAGAACAUCAUAUAUAUUUUUCAUAUCAUUGGUUGUCUUUUUAAUCAUUCAAUAUGAAUCGUUAAUCAACUUAAUGUACUGUAGCUUAUUCAUAAUUGACCAAACCUUUGGAAUGCUAGUAUUUUCCAUUGCUCUUGAGAAAUGCCUGUGCAAUUUCUUCCCCAGGCUCGAGCCCUAUCUCACGUCAGCUCGUGAUGGCUUUCUUAAUAAAAUUUGGAUUUUGUAUAUUGUGCACGUGCUGAAGGAAAUAAGUAUUUAUGUUGUGACAAGGCGCAUUCUCAAAUAUCAAUACAAAAUUUACAACCCUUUUUCUAUUUUGGGACUUGUUUAUGGGAUUAUAAUAUUUUGUAUGGCAAUAUUCUCAGUGUUAUCUGCGUUGUUACAUUUUCCAAUUGUUAAAAAAAUUCGAGCGCUUACGUAUUUGGAUUCGACUCAACUGAGUACCCUCUACACAUACAUAUUUUGGCUAACAAUAUUUAUAGUGGUUUUUAAAGUUAUCUACAUAUCACUUUUCACUACAAUCUUUUUUAUUUUUCUCCCUCAAUACUCUAUUCAGUUAUUGAUAUAUAUAAUUUUUAUUGUAGAAGGUCUCACAACUCCCAUUAUCAUUGAAAUUGUGUAUAUUGUUUGCAACAUUGACAAAAUCUAUAAUAUCGACGGCAGAAAAUUUAGAGAAUUUUUGAAGCUUUAUUUGAAAUGA